AGCUGGAGGCCUCUACUGAGCAUGCGUCAACAUGCUUAUUAUUCAGGCUAGCUUGUAAAGUGACUCCUCCUGUUAGCUUUAAUGUCCUUUAUCUUUAAUCUAGCUUUAAUCAGACUGAGAGAGUCUGACAGGCUUCCUCUCCUCCUUUAAGAACUCUCUCUGUUCUUAAAAUAAAUUAAUAAUUCAUCCGAUAUCAGCUCGAUCAGACUGUUGUUGUGAUGUUAGCCUGAGUGGUGUUAGCCUGUGAUGUUAGCCUGAGAUUAGCCUGUGUUGUUAGCCUGGUGUUAGCCUGAGAUUAGCCUGUGAUGUUAGCCUGAUGUUAGCCUUGUUUUAGCCUGUGAUGUUAGCCUGUGUUGUUAGCCUGUGAUGUUAGCCUGUGAUGUUAGCCUGUGUGAUGUUAGCCUGCUGUUAGCCUGUGAUGUUAGCCUGAUGUUAGCCUGAGAUUAGCCUGUGUUGUUAGCCUGAUGGAUCCAUGAAGCCUCAGCUCAGAUAAGAAGCCGGCUGGUCUCAGGAUGAUAAAGUUCAUACUGAUGGUGAACCGGCAGGGCCAGACCAGACUGUCCAGGUACUACACACCUGUGGAGCUGAGCAGGAGGGCUCUGCUGGAGGCCGACGUGGUCCGCUGCUGCCUGAGCCGCAAGAAGGACCAGUGCUCGUUUGUGGAGUACAAAGACUUUAAGCUGGUGUACCGUCAGUACGCCGCUCUCUACAUCGUGGUCGGAGUCACAGACAGCGAGAACGAGCUCUCCGUCUACGAGCUGGUUCAUAACUUCGUGGAGGUUCUGGAUAAAUACUUCAGCCGGGUGAGCGAGCUGGACAUCAUGUUCAACCUGGACCGGGUCCACAUCAUCCUGGACGAGAUGAUCCAGAACGGGCACAUCGUGGAGACCAACAAGAGCCGGAUCCUCGCGCCGCUCACCGCCUUGGACAAGAUGGCCGACAGCUGAGACUUAAGAGACAGACAGGAAGUGAUGUCACAGACCGUUUCAGACGGGCAGAGAGACGCUGCAAAGAUUCAGAUUCAGUUUUUAAAAGGUGCCAAAAAACUUUCACAUGGUCUCUGUCCCGUCAGAGACACGGAGCAGCUUUUUAUAUUUCAGGGUUUGAAGUGAGUCUGUGAAGAAUCAGGAACGAGGCGUUCAAUAAUAAAAGAGAAAAUCUGAAAUAA